AUGGCUGAAGUACACGGUUCUUGUGAUCCUGCCUUCGACUCGGUGCGUGGCCUUCUGCAACAGAAGCUUGCCGAUGGACAUGAAGUAGGCGCUUCCCUUUGUGUCAAUAUCGACGGAAGAAAUGUUCUGGACCUCUGGGGUGGUUAUGAAGAUGCAAGCAAGACCAAACCUUGGGGUAGAGACACGAUUACUGGAGUUUGGUCAUGUACCAAGAUUAUCACCAGCCUGGCGGCUCAUAUCCUCGUCAACCGUGGCCUAUUAGAUGUGAACGAGAAAGUGGCGACCUAUUGGCCUGAAUUUGCAGCGAAUGGUAAAGAGGAUAUGAAGGUCUUACAUAUUCUUAGCCAUUCCUCUGGACUCCCUGCCUUUGAUGGACCGAUUACUGCCGAGGAAAUGCAAGAUGUGGAGAAAUCAGCUCAGAGGCUUGCAGGGCAAGCUUCUUGGUUUGUCCCAGGCUCGCAGACCGCAUACCAAUAUACCAACUUCGGUCUUAUGAUAGGCGAGCUUGUGCGACGUAUCACGGGAAAAUCCCUGACCCAGUUCGUCAGCGAAGAGAUCUCGAAGCCUUUAGGGGCUGACUUCCAGCUUGGUGUGCCUGAGGAGGACUGGCCCCGAACUGCUGAGAUGAUUCCAUUCUCACCGGAGGUUAUGGCUACUGCUUUUAAUGCUGUUGAACCUACUAGUCUCGUGGCUCGGGCCUUUGCAGGGUCCUUGAUGGAUCCUACGAUUCCUAAUAAACCUGUCUUUAGGAAGUCCGAGAAUGGAGCCAUGGGUGGAUUCUCAAAUGCACGUGCCCUGGCACGUAUAGGAUCUAUCGUCUCACUGGAUGGUUCUGUCGAUGGAAAGCAAUAUCUUACUCCCCAAAUCCUCGAUGAAAUGAUGAAGGAGCAAAUUAGAUGGGAUGAUCCAUGUCUCCUUGGCAAUAUGCGCUUCGCCCUCGGGCUCGGGCUGCCUUCUAGCAAUGGAAUAAGGCCUACUAUCCCAGAAGAGGACAGCGACUCGGAUACCAUUUGUUUCUGGGGGGGGCUGGGGAGGAUCUAUGGUAAUCAUGUAUCGCGGCCGACGGAUGACCAUAGGGUAUGUCAUGAACAAAAUCCUAGACACCCGACCCUUCGGAAAUGUGAACGUCGACGAGUACGUUCCCGAGAUCUACAAGGGUUUCGAGAGGUAUACUAA